GCGAGGCGGCGGUUGCUUCCCAGCAGCGUUUGACCCGGAGCUGCGAGAGCGGCGGUCUGGAGCGGCGGGCGCUCGGGGCCCAGGCGUGCGCCCCGUCACCAUGGCCGGCCUGGGCAGGACUCUGUGCGCGCUGCAGCCCCCCAGUGUGCCGGGCGGCGGCCUGCCCGCAGACUCACAAACUCGAGCCACUUCUAAGAGCCUGAUACCUGUUAAGUCCAAAGAAGCCAGUGUUUCCAGACUUCUUCAUUCAGGAGAUUCAGAGAAUGACGUUCCAAAAAUCACCAAACCAAGACGAGAGAAUGGGCAGGUGAAAGCUGCAGAUAAUGCCAUCAGGAAGAACCUCAGAAAGAAUGACACGUGCAAUUAUUACAGUUAUAAACCAUUGAGUAAGCAGAAAUCAGAGGAAGAUCUCAAGGAUAAGAACCAGCUCUUAGAGGCGGUCAACAAACAGUUGCACCAGAAGUUGACUGAAACUCAGGGAGAACUGAAGGACCUGACCCAAAAGGUGGAGCUGCUAGAGAAGUUUCAGGACAACUGUUUGGCAGUUUUGGAGAGCAAGGGCCUCAACCCAGUUUUAGGCAGUGAGACCCUGGCAUCACAGCGAGAAUCCAGCGUGGAUCACGUGGACUCUAUGUUGCUGUUAGAAACUUUGCAAGAUGAGCUGAAGCUUUUUAAUGAAACAGCCAGAAAGCAGAUGGAGGAGUUACAGGCCUUAAAAGUAAAGUUGAAGGUGAAAGAAGAGGAGAGGGUGCGGUUCCUAGAACAGCAGACAUUAUGCAACAGUCAAGUGAAUGAUUUUACAACAGCCCUUGAAGAAAUGGAGCAGCUAUUAGAAAUGUGAUAAAAAGCAAGUGGCUAGAUGGCUCCUCUUGGGGGUAAACUCUCAGAGGAAGCCACUUAGGACAUCUGCUUCUUGGCAUGAUCUUCUGGGACUCACCAUCCCCAGAAUGACAGUAGUUUCUUCAUUAGAUGGACAGUUUAUGCUGGGAUGGCAGUUCCUCCUUGAAGCAAGUAUUUCCAGUCUUCAGAUUGGUCAGCUCUCCUGAACUUCACAUGCGGAUAACUAAGGCUUACAAGAGGGGCACCUGGAAGCUUGGAGCGACCUCUGAGGUAACAAAGCGGCACACCAUUGGAACCUGGAGAUGAAACCAGCCACAAACACGAGCCAAAGGAUCACAUGCGGGUGUGCAGUGAGAAAACCUAAAUUGUACAGUGGCACGUGGGUUCUCCAUAGGAGACCUCACUGAGGCGCCAUGCUGUCCCCUGCUAACUUGGAACACGUUCUGUCCCAUUCUGGUUGGGUUCGCCGUCUCAAUUCUAAAUUUAUGAAGCAGAAGUAACUUAACAUGGCUUAAUAAAUGGGCGAAGGUACAGAGGGCAGUAACACCUACCUGAAACAUACCUUGGAGCUUUAAUCACUUCUGCUUGGUUUUUUUCAUUAAGCGCUACUUUUAAAGUAUUUCUGUACCGAUUUGGACUGCAGCUAUUUGGGUCGAGGAAUGAAAAUAGCUAUUUAACCUAAAUCUGCCCAUGAAGACUAUUGAACUAAUCUGGUUAAAAUUCAAGACUGAUGUAACCCAGAAUAUUUUUCUUCCACUCAUUAAGUGCUCUGUGGCUAGCCCCUUUGUCUUCCAGAAACAUUAAUCUUAGAUAUUCCCUUUUUGAAGCAGCAGGUGCCAGACUUGGUCCAGUAGUUUUAUGUCACUGGCUGUUCUCAGGGUAUGCUCUAUUUGUAACCAUAGGUGCCAGACUACCUACCUGUGUUCUCCCUAUAUUCCUAAACAUGGCCAUAUACCUGCUCUUUGCACAGCCAGUCCUGGGUCUGGCCCCAUAAAUCCAGAGUCACCUGAAGUCCCUAACAGGCUUCCCCAUUGGUUUACUAAAGAACAGUCUUAUUUAAUUUUUAGUCAAACUAGGAGGCUUUCGCUAUCCCAUUUUUGCGGCAUCUCCCAAUUUCUUCAGCCUCCUCUCCCAUUAAUAUUUUUGAGGCUGCCCAGAGCCACAUAAUCAAGCCAAGGAGCACUCCCAUCCUAACUUAGAAGGCUAAAAUGCUUUGCUCGCGCACACAAACCUUCAUGCAGUUAUAUCCCAAAUGUUUGAGAGUAAAGUCCAGUUAAAUAAUUGUCCCUUGGGCGAACUGAGUAUUUUCUUCUACCCAGUCUCAGGAUAUUUAUCAUUUAAAAGAUUGUUUACUGAAUGAAAUUUUUAUAGGCAUUUCUGACCUCUCCACCAGGAAAAAAAAAGUAGUGUUUCUUGGAAGGAGAGAGUGGAAAACUGUUUUGGGAUCCUCACCUCCUUGUCAUGCCUCUCCAGUUCCUACUCCUAGGACUGCACCUGUCUGAGUGCUGUAAGUCACGCAUCCUUCCCAGGUCUCACUUGCGGCCUGGUCUAAGGGGGGGGGCCUUUGCCUCUCGGUUGCACCUUGCACCUCCAGCCUGUAGCUCUUGUCUUUUCUCUUGUUCCACUACCCUCUGUUGUUCCAGCUGCCUUUUUUACCCAUGGGGCUGUUCUGGGUGCUUAAUCUGAUCUGAAACUUGAAUCCAUAUAUUGUAUAAAUUCAGCAAACAGUGAUCUGCCCCUGCACUUCCUUAAAUGCUCUAGGGAACUUUAAUAUAAUAUGACAUUCUUAACCACAAAGAUAUGUACAGUCUGGUGAAACAAUAUGCAGGUGAUACAUAAGUUCAGUAACAAAUGACAGUGCUUUACAAUUGGGAUGUGUGAUAUAGUUAGUACUAUAGCAGUUAACUGGGCUUGUUUGGUUGGGAGGCUUGAUGGAGGAGGUAGACCAGGGAUCAAAAAAAGAGUAACAUUUGAACCACCUCGCUAGAAAAUUGCACUAGAAAAUUGGACAAGCGCACAGAAGGGGAAAGUGGUGUGCUUAGAAAAGUGGAAGCUCCACCCCCUUUCCCCACAGUUUCCCCUAUGCAUCUCUUCCAUCUGGCUCUUCGAGUUAUAGCCUUUUAUCUUAAACCUGUGAUUUAGUAAAUAAAAUGUUUCUCUGAGUUGUGAGCUGCUCCUAGCUAAUUAAUCAAACCCAAGGAGGGGAUCAUUAGGCAAAAGACUGGGGGGGAAAAAAAAAAGUUGAGGGCUAGCCACAUGAGUUUUGGGAAACUGAGUAUGAACACUAGUUGGGCUUUUUCAGAGGGUUUAAGAUAAAGAGGGUAUUGUGUCUGACACUUCAUUACACAUUACCCUAGAAAGGUGCUGUUUAUGGUCUUGUGUAAUCCUCACUACAGUCAUACAAGAUGAGCACUAUUCUCCCCUUUAUAGCUGGAGUAAUAGACCUGGAGAAGCUGAUUUGCCCAAGGUCAAACAAGCAAGUACUGGAGAAAGAUUUGAACCAGGGAAUACUGGGGAUGGAUGAUACAUAGUUACAUCAGAGAUUUGAAGAACCUUGAAUAUCAAGCUGAGAAGUAUGGAUUUUUGUCAUCUAGAUCAGUGUUCCCAGUGUCUCAGCAAUAUUUUAUGACACCAAAAUACCUAGUAGUUCCAUGUAGCUACUCCAGCUCUUAAACGCAUACAUCUUUAAAAAUCAAAAAGAUUUUUAUUUUAUUUUGUGUAGAACUGGGGUAUUUUGUGUAGAACUGGGGUGUAGACCAGAGGUGCGGUGGGUAGGGGGUGAAGGGACUCACCAGAGAAAGUGGGGAGCAGAACAGGCAGAUGUACUGAAAUACACUGCUGAGGGGAGCAGCGGGCAAGACAGGAGAGGUCUGCUGUGCGUGGCUGGGGAUCGAACUUGUGCUGCAGUGGCUGCAGAUAGCUUCAUAGCGCUGAGUCUUAACCACUUGUGCCUUCGGGGAAGCCCCCUUUUUUCCAUUUUUAAAUUACAAUUAUUUACUAAUGGAAUGUUGGGCACUUUUCAACUUCUCAAACACUGGAAUAAAUUGGACACUACUCUCAUAUUCUGGUUGAUAUUGAAAGAGCUGAACAAUCUAGUGUUGAAACUGACUUACCUGUAGCUAGUAGUUUACAUGUCUAACGUCAAGUUGAUCAUCGUGAUUCCCCAAAUUUAAAACACCCCCUGGCAUCCUUGUGAGUUUGCUGUUCAAAGGUGCCUUGAUCUACAGCCUGGAAACCACAGAUCCAGACAGAAACAGAUUUUUGAGCAACCACCUUAGUAUUUUAGAAAAGUUAACCUGGCAUUGGCAUUAACAAUGC